CGCGUCUCCGCGCCGGCAGGUGGCGCCGAGAGCGCGCCGGUACUCGUGCUCGAGUUCUUCGAGGACCCUGUUGCUGUAGUAACGCGGACGUGCGCGUCUGAGGCUGGACAUGUUCGCUGAGGUGAAGGUGGAAUGUCUGUGUUAAAGAGUCUGGUUCCUGCUCGCUUCCUGACGCUCGCUGCACACCUGGUCAUCGUCAUCACCAUCUUCUGGUCACGAGACAAUAACAUCCAGUCGUGUCUGCCACUGGAAUUCACUGAAGAACAGUUCAAAACUGAAGAUACAAGGCUGCUGGUGGCUCUGUCUGUGACUCUGGGGAUGUUUGUGGUUGAACUGGUGGGGUUUCUCUCUGGAGUCUCUAUGUUCAACAGUAACCAGGCGCUGCUGUCUCUGAUCUCUCACUCCAGCGCAUGCGUCAGUCUGUCCUGCUUUGUUUUCCAGCAGUGGCCGUGCUGGACGUACUGGAUCAUGUUCAGCCUCUGCAGUGUGAUUCCAGCUCUCUUUGAGUUCAUGCUGCUCAUUUCACUGAAGUCAGUGUGAGCGAUUCUUCAGUCGAGGACUUGAGGACUUGAAGACCCAGCUGAAGAUUUGUAGAGAUGUCUCUCUUUUUUAUUUUUUAUUUUUAUAAAAGAAUAAAACAUGAAUUUUCAAUGA